CUACUGUGCCCCCAGUAGGAUGCCUCGGGCUCACAGGUGUACCCAGGUUGUGCUCAACGCUGACAGGCUCAAAGAGGGUGAUGUGACCAUGAGGCUGAGCAGAUGUGGGCAAGCAAGAUAUCAGAGGAGCGAAUGGAGAGGUGGACAGUCGUUGGCAGAAGGCUCCAGGACAGGACUGACGGACAGAUGGACGGGGUGACGGGUAUGCGGAAGGUCAGACAGUCAGCGGGGCAGCCCAUGGAGGACAUGCACCUGCCCAGGGUGGGGUGGCCUUUCCGGCAUCCCAGCAGGCUUCCCUGCUUCCCUGGGGUCUACCCUCUGCCUAUGGGGAACCCUCAGGCGCGAGAAAGGACAGAGGACGUGUCGGCAACUACCGGGCAGGGGACCACAGCUGACCCAACCCAGCUGCGGCGUGGCAUGCUGGCUGGCACUCCCGUGACCGGCACCGGGCCCUGUGCUGACCCUGGACAGUCUCAGCCCCUUCUGGCCACAGCCCCGCUGCUCGGAACAGGCCCCACUGCACCGGGCUGCUGGCCGGGCCCCGCUCCUUCAGGGAGGCCGCUGCUCCUGCCACUGAUCGCGAGCGGGCGUAGGAGGUGUGCAAGGGAGCAGGUGCCCGACGGGACGGGCAGCGAGAGCCUUAUGGGCUCUGACGUGAAGACGGAGCAACGGAGAGGUCGCCGGUCAGGGGACGCCUGGGAGCCCAGCCUCAGCCUCCGGUUCGGAUCCACGUCCCACCGGCCCGCUGGGCGCGCACCCCAGGAAGCGCCAGCCACCAAGCCCCGCCCCUUCCCGGAGGCCCCGCCCCUGGAGCGAGGCCCCGCCCCUCAGGCCCUCCUCCCCGAGCGCGCCCAAAUCCGCGCCCCCGGAGCUCGGGUGGUCGGAGCUGAGCGGCCUAGGCCGUGUCCUGGACCGUCCGAGGCCAGCGGACCCCGAACCAGGUCUUUAGAGAAACCUUCGGGCGCGGAGGCUUCUGGGGAAUAA